UUAUCAUUUAUUAGUUAUCACCGCUCAAUUUGAAAAGCCGUCUCUAAAUUAAAUUAAUAUCUAUAUUAUUAUAUACUAUAAUAGGAUUUACGUGGAUUCAACGACAUUAUGUAGUAGUAUUGCUAUAAAUAGUAGAACCAAAAUAAUCUUUUAAAGACUAUGUCGGCAUCAACAAAGUGUGUAGAAAAUAUCAUGCGACUUAAAUUGCAAAAUCGUUUGAAACCCAAAGUAUUGCAACUUCUUAAUGAGUCUUAUAUGCAUAAUGUACCGAACGGUUCGGAAACUCAUUUCAAAGUCGUCAUAGUAUCCGACGAGUUUGAAGGCAUGCCUUUGAUUAAGAGGCAUCGUUUGGUAAAUGAAAUAUUGGCCGAUGAAUUAAAAUCUGGUGUACAUGCAUUGUCAAUUGUUGCCAAAGCCCCAGAACAAUGGAAAGAUGAACCAGUUGAAAGUAGCCCAAACUGUCGAGGUGGUUUUGGAAAAUAACGUUAAUUAUCUAAGUCUGGUGUUAUUGUAAAAUUCUUGUACUUUGUAUUAUAGAACUUAUUUGUUACUAGUGAUAAACUAUGUAGAUUAAUCCUUGUAUUUCAUUACCUAUAAUGAUUAAUGCCAUAUUUAUCAAAAUAGAUUAAGACAUUAUUUCUGUAAUUAAUAUUUAACAAUAU